GUUUUCUGGCAAUGAACGCUGUCGAUUCAUCGGGGACUCAUCAAUGCAGGAUCGAUUCGCAGCAACCUUUAUUUAUUAGAUUUGUUUUUGUUUAGGAAACUUCCUGGAAUGUGACUAUGUGCUGAUGUCGCUUCCUAGAAACUUCCUCUUUUGUCGAGUAGCUAGUUCUUCCUGUUGUAAAAAAGAAUCUGUUCUCAUUAUCGGAGUUAUCAAGAAAUAUAUCAAAAUCCUUUUUCCUUAAAUUUCUAUCUCAAAAAACCUUGUCGAUUCUCCCUUUCUGCCCAUUCUAAUUCCAAUUCUCUGUUUCUGAAUUCUUUAUCUGGUGGAAACAUCCUUAACGGGUGAGACCCAAAAAAAACAAUCUAACUGAUAAACAACUUAAUUCUCGGGUAUAUGUAAUGUAAAAGUAGGCCCACAAACCUUAUCUUUACUCUGGCUUAAAUGGACUAUCAGCCCAAUAUAAAUAUUUUUUUUUCCUCCUUACAGGCCCGUUACCAUUUUUCUGCCCUUUCACGGCUUCUUCCCCGCCGCAUACUAGAACGACCCGACCUCUUCGCGUUUAACACAUUCAAUCAAAAUUCAAAGGAUUUCAUAAACCCUAAACCAAAAACCCUACUCACCAUUGAUUCCUAAAUACUUUCAACCCAAUAGAGGUCCCUCUUUGGCGUGCCUAAGAUGAAGGAAUCAACUCAGGCUAAUCAAUCCAGCAAAGCUUUAUUGGAUUUGGAAUCUAAAGUUGGUAACGAUUCUGCAUCUUCUUCUUCCAUUGAAUCUAAGCUUCUGUGUUGCAAAAGAGACGAUUUUUUGAAGCCCCGCAAACCCAAAUCUGAUAAAAUCGGAAUCCCUGAUCAGAAACCCAAUAUAUCUGCGGUUCCGGAAAGUGAUGUUCUGGGUAGAGUGAAGAAUUUUCUUGGGGUUUUUGCAGAAGCGAAUAAGAAGCUGCAGGUUGAUGAUGAUGAGGAGAGGGAGAAAUAUGAUAUUGAGACGCUUACUGGGAAUGAGACUGAAUUAAUUGAGAUGGAUUUGAUGUUGGGUGUUGCUGAUCUUCAUACCCCUGAAGCCGUUGCAGCUGCAGAAUCAGCCAUGGCUGGUUAUCAGCCCCCUGCUUCUUGGGUUGCGGAUGAUAGCAGUGAUGAUGAAGAUGAUGAUGAUACUGAUGAUGAAAAUGUUGGUAACGGUGAUAAUGACGAAGAGACGUCGAAAUCGAACGGCGUUGCAGAAGGUUGUUCUAAUGAAGCGGUGGAGAAACAAAAGCCAAUGAAGAAGAAACAGAAGAUUGUUGAGCUCUAGUGAGCCAUUUCUGUUGUGACAUUUUUAUGUUAUAGUGAUUCCCAAACGGGAUUAGGUUUGAAUGUUACUCCCUCCGUCCGGAGGUAGUAUUAAGUAGUUGUAUGGAAUUGGUCCUAGAGAAGGACUUAUGUAACGUUUUUGAAGUGAAAAGCUUACUGCCAGAAUUGAUGUGUUUGUUUGUGAUUGCCAAUGUUUGAAGUUCCAAUGUCUGUAUAACUCAUAACUGAAGCUACAGUUGGUUUCAAUCUUAAGUUGAUUUCUGAACCAAGUGUUCGAAUCAAACCAUCUACCAAUGGAUAUACAGUUGGCUAUAAUCUUAAGCUGAUUUCUGAAUUUAGUGUUAGAAUCAAACCAUCUGAAAAUGGAUUUUCUGUAUUUAAG